AUGGCGCAGAGCAUUCACAGCAAUAGCAACGCGAGCUCGCGCAGCGCGUACAGCACUGACAUCAGGUCCUCCGCCCUCGUCCAUCCCCUCCCCAUAGGCGAGUACCUCUUCCGUCGCAUAUACGAGCUCGGCAUUCGAGCAGUCCACGGUGUAUCCGGAGACCACAAUCUGGCAGCUUUGGACUACCUGGAACACUGCGGUCUCAAUUGGGUUGGCAAUUGCAAUGAGCUCAACGCUGGAUACGCCGCCGAUGGCUAUGCGCGCGUCAAGGGCAUUGCAGCCUUGGUGACAACCUUUGGUAAGGCACGGCAACGCUACGCAAUGCACGGGGCCACACUGAUUGUCUAGGCGUCGGCGAGCUCUCUGCACUCAAUGCCAUAGCAGGCGCAUAUGCAGAAUACGUGCCCAUUAUACACAUAGUCGGCACGCCUCCGACCUACUCGCAGCAGAAUGGCAUGCUAUACCACACCCUGGGCAAUGGUAACUACAAUACUUUCUCCGAAAUGUCGCGAUCCCUCUCCUGCGCCGUCGUCUCGCUCAACGACGCCGCCGAGGCCUCAGCCCGGAUAGACCACGCAAUCAGAGAAUGCUGGAUUCAGAGUAGACCCGUCUACAUAGCUCUGCCGGUGGACAUGGUAGGGCAACAAGUGGAAGGCCAUCGACUACAAACUCCGAUCGAUCUCUCCUACCCGCCGAACGAUCCCGACAGGGAGGACUAUGUGGUGGACGUCGUUUUACGCUACAUGCACGCAGCAAGAAACCCAAUAAUACUAGUAGAUGCAUGCGCGAUACGGCAUAGGGCCGUUCUGGAGACCCACAACUUGGCGGAGAGGAGUGGACUACCAACGUUCGUUUCCCCAAUGGCCAAAGGGGCUGUCAACGAGGACUUGCCAAACUAUUGCGGAGUCUAUGCAGGCGACGGCAGUGAUGACGAUAUUCGAGAGCGAGUGGAGACAGCAGAUCUGGUUUUGCACAUUGGAGGAAUGAAACUCGAUUUCACCACCACCGGCUUCACCUACCGUAUCACCGAGCUGAGCACUAUCGACUUCUACUCAAAUCUGGCGCGGAUAAAGUAUAGUGAAUAUCCAAAUCUCCGCAUGAACGGCGUGCUCAAGAAACUGACAGACAAGAUCGGUACACUGUCUAUCGUUCCCGGCCCCAAUCCUCAAAACGCCAUUCCGUUUCUAAAGCGCGAUAAUAGGGAGGAAUUGACACACACCUGGUUCUGGAGACACAUGGCCCGCUGGCUACAACCCAACGACAUCGUCAUCACAGAGAUUGGCAAUGCAAAUGGGAUAUGGGAAACUCGCUUCCCACCCAAUGUCACCGCUAUCAAUCAAAUCCUGUGGAAUAGUACCGGCUAUACGACACCGGCAUGCCUGGGAGCCGCACUCGCCGCGCAAGAACUCAUGACUGCUCGACCAGGGCGUAGGGCACGCACGAUCCUCUUCACAGGCGAAAACAGUUUCCAAUUCACCGCGCAAGAAAUGAGCGUCAUCAUCCGCCGGAAACUCAAUCCCAUCAUCUUCAUCAUAUGUAACCACAAUCAGGACAAUGCACCACAACGAACCGAAUCUCCGAUCUCUCCGAGCCACCAACAUUACGAGCCUCACCAACAGGCCUGGCGCUACAAAGACCUCAUACCAGCUUUCGGCGCUCCUAGAGGCUCCUACCAAUCCUGCUCAGUACAUACACGGAAACAAGUACAAGCGCUGUUCGCAGACAAGUCCUUCAACGAAGCUGCCUGUCUCCAGUUCGUAGAGCUACAUAUGGGUCGGGAGAAGGGCGGUGAUGCGGCUAGUACGGAUUCUUCUUCGCGUCGAUCUUUCCCGCCGGGCCUCAGGGGGCCUGGAGCAGCUGGGCCGGCUGCCAUGACUAGUCCGACCACUUCUUCUGGGCCCAGUCGGCCGCCCUCGGCUCGGAAUUACAGCUCGAACAUGGCGUAUCGGGACCGCAGGCCUGGGAGCGCGAGCACGCAGUAUACGCAGCAUAGCACACGAUGA